AUGACGGAGGGCCCGCCCACGUCCAGGACCCGCCCUGACGGAGGCAUGCUGCUCUACGGGGAGUACCAGGAGCACCAUGGAGGUUCGGGCCGACGCGAGGCCACGCGCCUGCUGACCGAGAGACAGAUCAAGAAGCACGGCCACCAUCACGACAGCCAUGAGAAGACGCAGCACGGGCACGGGCACCGCAGUCAUGACCGCCCGCGCGGCCAUCGCAGCCGGCAGAGGACCAAGUAUCGGCCCAACAUGGAGAACGAGGCCGUCGAUGAGCAGUCGGCGGAACGAGAGCUCAGCUCCUCCACGGAGAGGAAACGCUCCGCCUCCAAGUGCAGAGACUGCAUAGCUCGGGUGCAGCGGUUCCUGGUGACGAGGCUGGGAGAGGACUGGAUCUUCCUGAUUCUGCUGGGGGUCACGAUGGCGCUGGUCAGCUGGUCCAUGGACUACGCCAGUGCAAAGAGCCUGCAAGUCUAUAAAUGGAUCUAUGGGGAGCUGAGGGGGAACGUCCCUCUGCAGUACCUGGCUUGGGUUUCCUAUCCCCUGAUAUUUAUCCUCUUCUCCUCUCUCUUCUGUCACCUGGUUGCUCCUCAAGCCAUCGGUUCCGGCAUCCCAGAGCUGAAAACUAUCCUACGAGGGGUGGUGCUAAAGGAAUACCUGACUCUAAAGGCCUUCGUAGCAAAGGUCAUCGGACUGACGGCUGCGCUGGGGAGUGGCAUGCCUGUAGGAAAAGAGGGCCCAUUCGUCCACAUUGCCAGUAUUUGUGCGGCCGUUCUCAGCCGCUUCAUGUCCUGCUUUUCAGGAGCUUAUCAGAAUCCAUACUGCUACACAGACAUCCUGACUGUGGGCUGUGCUGUUGGAGUCGGCUGCUGCUUUGGUACUCCGCUUGGAGGAGUGCUCUUCAGUAUCGAGGUAACAUCCACAUACUUUGCCGUGAGGAACUACUGGAGAGGAUACUUUGCGGCUACUUUUAGUGCCUUUAUCUUUAGAGUGUUGUCCGUGUUUAACAAAGAUGCAGUAACCAUCACUGCUCUGUUCAGGACAAACUUCCGGAUGGAUUUCCCUUUUGACCUCCAGGAGCUGCCAGCUUUCGCCAUCAUUGGGAUCUGCUGCGGGUUUCUGGGGGCGUUCUUUGUCUAUCUCAACAGACAGGUCGUGUUGUUCAUGAGACGACCCAACGCCAUGACCCGCUUCCUGAUCAAGCACCGGUUGGUGUUCCCUGCUGUGGUGACGCUGCUCAUCUCCACCUUGACCUUCCCGCCAGGGUUCGGACAGUUCAUGGCAGGAGAGUUGAUGCCCAGGGAGUGCAUCAACUCUUUGUUUGAUAACUUUACGUGGACGAAGAUUUCGGGGUUGGCCCCCCCGGUGGGCCUGGGCCGCUCGGCCGCCUUCCUGCACCCUGACGUCAGCGUCUUCGUCAUCCUGCUGCUCUUCCUCAUCAUGAAGUUCUGGAUGUCUGCCGUGGCCACCACCAUGCCUAUUCCCUCUGGAGCCUUCAUGCCCGUCUUCAUACUUGGAGCUGCAUUUGGCAGGCUGGUCGGGGAAAUCAUGGCCACGUUGUUUCCUCACGGGAUCGUGUUUGAUGGGAUUCUGUACCGCAUCAUCCCUGGAGGGUACGCAGUCAUCGGAGCGGCAGCGUUGACCGGCGCCGUGACUCACACCGUGUCCACGGCCGUUAUCUGCUUCGAGCUGACGGGCCAGAUCUCGCACAUCCUGCCCAUGAUGGUGGCCGUGAUCCUGGCCAACAUGGUGGCCCAGGGCCUGCAGCCCUCGCUCUACGACUCCAUCAUCCAGGUGAAAAAGCUCCCUUACCUCCCAGAGCUCGGCUUCGGACACAUGAGCCAAUAUAAUAUCGUGGUGGAGGACAUUAUGGUGAGGAAGGUGAAGUUUAUCUCCUCCCAGUCCACGUACAGAGAAGUCAAACUCCUGCUGGACUCCUCUUCGCUCAAAACAAUCCCCUUAGUGGACUGCAAAGAUUCUAUGAUCCUGCUCGGCAGCAUCGAGCGGCUGGAGCUGCUGGCGCUCUGUGAUUGGUGGUUGUCGCCCGAGAGAAGACUCCUGAUGCAGGGUUCCAGCCUGCAGGAGCAGAACCAGAGUCAGAAACACAGCUGGGAGUCCUUCGCCUUCGUAGAUGAGGAGGAAGAGAGGAGAGAGAGAAGGUGGGCAUCUGUUGUUCAGGAGGAGAUGAACGGCCCUCUGCCUCCCCCGAAGCUGCAGGAGCCUCCAGCAAACCAAACCUCUCCCCCUACUGAGAAGGGCCCUCUGCAGUCCGUGAGGAAGACGCUCAGAAAUCUCUUCACUUCCAGGAGCAGACAAUCAGAGAGAGAGUCACAGGUUCCCUCCCCUUCUCUUCUUUCGGACACGAUGACACCAGACGAGAUCAAAGCGUGGGAAGAGGCCGAGAUCGACAAACCGAUGGAAAUGGAUGAGAUACGAGUUGAUCCUUCUCCUUUCCAGUUGGUUGAACGAACAUCGUUACACAAGACCCACACAUUAUUCUCCCUGCUCGGACUCAGCCACGCUUAUGUGACCAGUAUUGGCAAACUGGUGGGAGUGGUGGCCUUGAAGGAGCUUCAGAAGGCCAUCGAAGGCUCCACGCGCUACGGCGUGCGGCUCCGGCCGCCCCUGGCCAGCUUCCGCGACGUCAGCACCCACAAGUCCGUCCCCAAACCUCCACCUUCCUCCACCGCUCCUUCGUCCCCGUCCUCCACCUCCCCUCCUUCACCCGGCACCGCCGCCGCGGAGCUCCCUCCCUCCUCAAACCCCGACCAGCACCACCAGCACAACCACCACCACCACCACCACCACCACCACCAGCACGAGCACGAGGUGUGGAUCGAGGGUUUGAUCCGGGAGGUGGUGGAGAGCAGCAUCACCUGCAGCAGCAGCAGCAGCAGCAGCAGCAGCAGCACCGUCACCGGGAGAAGCUGCAGCAACAAGAGCAACCUCACCCUCCCUCCCUCUUCCACUCCUCCCCCCGUCCCCCCAUCUCCUCCCACUCCUUCAACUCCUCCAUCUCCUCCCACUCCUUCAACUCCUCCAUCUCCUCCCACUCCUUCAACUCCUCCAUCUCCUCCCACUCCUUCAACUCCUCCUCCACCUCCUUCGCCUUCCUCCUCCAUCCAUCUUUCCACCCUGACGUCCACACAGGGAAUCUUUCAGGGGGACGACGACAGUGAUGAUGAGCCCAUGGUUUAAGCUAGAUUUAUUUUAUAGAUGUUUUUAUGUAUACAUUUAUUUAUUUAUGUAAAUCCGUAUUUUCUGGACUAUAAGCUGCACCUGCAUAUA